AUGGCAACAAACAAAAUUUUUAAAGAGGAUAUUUUAAAAGAUAAAGUAGCAUUCGUUACAGGAGGUGGAAGUGGUAUUUGUAAGGGUAUGACUGAAGCUAUGAUUAGACACGGAGCAAAAGCCGUUAUUACUAGCCGAAGUCAAGAAAAACUCGAUAAAGCAGCCGAAGAAAUGCGUAAUAGAACUCGAGGAGAAAUCCUUGCAAUUGCUGCCGAUGUUCGUAUACCAGAACAAAUGAUAAAUGUUGUUGAAAAAGCAAUCGAAAGAUUUGGUAAAAUUGAUAUACUUGUCAAUGGAGCAGCUGGAAACUUUUUGGCAGCAGCCGAAACUCUUUCUUAUAGAGCUUUUCGUACUGUAAUUGAGAUCGAUUUACUUGGAACUUAUAAUACGACAAAAGCUUGCUUUCCAUAUCUGAAGAAAUCAAAAGGCUGUAUUAUAAAUGUUUCAGCGAAUCUUCAUUAUCAAUCCACACUCUAUCAGUGUCUUGCAGCUGAAUGGGGACCUCAUUCGAUUCGCGUAAAUUCCAUUGCUCCUGGUCCAAUUGCAGAAACGGAAGGGACGGCAAAAUUAUUGCCUCCAACUGCUACUGAAGCUGCUAUAAGAGAGAUUCCACUUCAAAGAUUUGGAUCUAUUUCAGAUAUCGAACAAGCAACGAUUUUCUUGGCGUCAGAUGCUGCUAGUUUUAUAACUGGCCAGAUAAUUGUUGUUGAUGGUGGUGAUUCCCUGAGAAAAGUCGGUGUUUUACCUUAUCCUGAGAGUGUAAUUGAUCCUGCCAAUUUCUUUUCAAAAAAAUUAGGUGUUAAAUUGUAA